AUGUCUCCAAUGAUGGAUACAAAACAACUUGUAAACACUGUGAUAAACUGCAUUAUGGCAAGUGUUGGUUUGAAGGGAAGCCUAAAUGCACAAGUUGUGGGAAGUUUGGGCAUGUGCUCAGAGACUGCAAUGGAAAUAAAACUAUACAGAAGUGGUUGUAGUAACCACAUGACAGGUGAUGACAAGUUAUUAGUUAACAUUCAAAGGAACCUGACUUCCAAGGUGAAGAUGGGAACUGGAGAAAUUGUUCAGGUUGCAGGAAAAGGAACUCUUGUGAUAGAGACCAAAUUGGGAAGGAAGCACAUUCAAGAAGUGAUGCUUGUUCAUGGACUUGAAGAGAAUUUGCUUAGUGUUGGACAUAUGGUGGAGCAUGGGUACUAUCUGGUGUUUGGAGGAAAUGUCGUAAACAUCUUCUAUGGUUGGUCACUGAACAAUCUUGUUGCUAGAGUUCAAAUGACAAACAACAGGUUCUUUCCUCUUACAAUGAUGCCUGCAAAUCAGUUGGCCUUGAAGGCAAGUGUGACACACUAUCUGUAG